AUGGCCAGCGGCACGGCAGCCCUGGCGCUGCGCCUCGCGCUGCUCCUCGCCCUGCACGCCGCCGGUGAGCAGCUGCCAGGGCCGGCGCACGUGCGCUUUGCUGCCAACAUCGCGCAUCCCCUCCUGCGCUGGGAGCCGGGGCCUGACUCCCCCCGUGACGUGCGCUACGACGUGGAGCACGGCGUGUACGGCCCAGGAUUCUCCUGGACAGCUGUCCCGAGCUGCACCAGGAUCUUGGGGCACUCAUGCGACCUCACCUUCUACACGCUGGACCCGGAGCAGCGCUACUAUGCCCAGGUGCGAGCCGUGUCUGGAAACCGCACGUCCCCAUGGAAGAGGACCAGCUCCUUCUCCCCGAAGGAAGGUAGCCGGAGCCCGGGGCAGAGCCUCUCCGUGACAGGCAACACCAUCGUCGUGAAGCUGCAGCUGCUGCUCAAAGCCGGCAACAGCACCGUCAGAUACGAGGACAUCCAGAGGCACGCGCGGCGCUACAAGGUGUACGUCAGGCAGGCGCAGGACAACCGGAUGUACGAAGUGCUGGAGACCCAGCCAGAGUUCAACAUCAGCAACCUCUUCUGGGACACCGAGUACUGCGUGAGCGUGGAGCCCGAUGUGGCGAGCCGGCCGGUCCACACCAUGCGCACCGCUGAGCAGUGCGUCACGAUCGGCCGCCGGGACGAGAGCGCUGAGCUCCUCCUCAGCAUCGUGAGCAUCAUCUUCAUCACCAUGCUGCUGCUGCUUCUGCUGGGGAUGCUGCUGGUCUGCAUGUACAUAAAGAAGCCCGUGAGGCCACCAUCUGUGCUGAAGUCCUUCCUGAAGCAGGGCUCGCUCUGGGUGGAGCAGGAGUACUCCCCGUCGACACGGUCAGAGCCGGACCCAGUCCAGCAACUAUUCCUCUGCCAGAAGGCACCCCAGCAGCCCGGCACCUCCAUCACGGUGCUCCAGCAGAUGCCAGAGCAGGCCUGCGCGCUGGUGGCACGGCCCGAGCACCGGGCUCGCCUGCUGGGCCCCAGCACCGCGAGCGGUGGGGACUGCAGCGGCAGCAGCACCGACAGCGGCAUUUGCCUGCACAACUCCUCCCCGAAGCUGGGCAUGGCCUGCCAGCGCGCCGGGGUGCAGCCACCCGGCAGCGAGGACAGCGGCAUCAGCAUGGAGAGAGCCUCUCCCUGCCUGGAGCGCUACCAGACUGCGAAGGAAACACGUCCGCAACCGGCGGAGCAUGGCCCUCCUGCUGCCACCACAGGCGAGGACGGGCCCCAGGAGGUGCAGUUUCGGGGCUACCUGCAGCAGUGCAAGGGCACUGUGGAGCCCACGUGGGACAGAGGCAAGGAGCCACCCCUGUGGGGACACACGGGGCCUGUGCACGGCACGGAUGUCGUGCAGGACAUGGCCUGUGCUGAGCUGCCCGUGGCCAAGGGCUACAUGAAGCAGAGCCCUCCUGCUGGUCCCCAUGGUCACACACAGGACCUCAGAGCACCCGGCUCCUCAUGGCAGCCCCCUGCCUGGGGCUUUCCCAGCGAGCUGGGGCCCCUAGCACCAGAUGUGGCCAGCUGCGGGGGCUCCAUCGGUGGCCCCGAGCUUCUAAAAGCAUCUUUGGAGCUGGGCAUCUCCAGCAGCCCCUCGCUGGGGUCGCUGCCGCUCAUCUCCAGCCUCAGCACCAACACGUGGCUGUCACUGCAGCUGAACCCGCUGGGUGUGCUACAGGCAGGCAGCAAGGACAGCCGCCUCUAG